GAAGGAGAAAAAGCUGCGAAGAAGCACUCAAGUCCCAUCCGAGAGAAGAGAGGAGAGGAGGAGGCAGAGGAGGAGGGCUCCGGAGAAACGGUCCCGUCGGGACGGGGGAAGCAGCGGAAGGUUUAAGAGCUUAGAAUAGUUGGAAAUGGACUCGACAUGUCUGUUAGUGAUGUUUGGCUGUGAAGAAUAAGGAUUUAAAAGCAGGAUUGUGGGAGUUGCAGUCGGUCGGUGCAUCACUGUGAUGGAGUGAAAGAAAGAGAAGGCGCACUGUAACUUCAGCCUCGCCAUGAAAUCAGUGUUCUUCAGCCGCUUCUUCAUCCUGCUGCCCUGGGUCCUCAUCGUCAUCAUCAUGAUCGAUAUCGACAGUAAGAGGGCGAUCCGGGUUCCCGCGGCGGCUCGGAGCGGCAGGGCGCAGCGGUCGGCCAGGACCGGCGCACCGGGGAACCAGUCCAGCCUGCCGGUUAUCUACGCCAUCACUCCUACGUACACCCGCCCGGUGCAGAAAGCGGAGCUGACCCGGCUGGCUCACGCCUUCCGUCAGGUGCCCCGCUUCCACUGGAUCGUAGUUGAGGACUCCACGGCGCGCACGGACCUGGUGGCGCGCUUCCUGGCCCGGAGUGGAGUGCCGUUCACGCACCUUCACGUGUUCACUCCCCGCAGGUUCAAACGCGCCGGGAUGCCUCGCGCCACCGAGCAGAGGAAUGUGGCUCUCGCGUGGCUCCGGCAGCACCGGAGCAGGAGGGACCCCGGGGUGGUUUUCUUUGCGGAUGACGACAACACGUACAGCCUGGAGCUGUUCGAAGAGAUGCGUAGCACUCGAGGUGUUUCUAUUUGGCCUGUGGGAUUUGUAGGAGGCAGAGCGUAUGAGCGCCCCCUGGUGUCUGGGGGUAAAGUCGUAGGCUGGUACACCGGCUGGAGACCAGACAGACCCUUUGCUACAGACAUGGCAGGGUUUGCAGUGAACCUUCAGGUGAUCCUGACGAACCCGCGGGCGCAGUUUAAGCGUCGUGGCUCUCAGCCGGGGAUGCAGGAGUCUGAUUUCCUGAAGCAGAUCACCAAGGUGUCAGAUCUGGAGCCCAAAGCCAACAACUGCACCCGGGUGCUGGUUUGGCACACUCGCACAGAGAAACCGCACCUCGCCAAUGAGCCCAAACAUCGUAAGGACACUGUGGUCAUCGAGGUGUGAGAGUCUGAAGUGCUGGGCAGACCAUCUGAGACGCAGAAGCUGAUUGUUGUGAGCUGUCAUCUCUUGGACGGGACUGAUGGCAGCAGUACGCUGUCUCUCUUUAUCGGAUUUAUACAAUCUGUUCACGACAGACACGGACUCUGAGGAGCUGCAUGAUUCAAGACUUUGGCUGUCAGUCAAACCUGCUCUGAGAACUGGAUGGACAUGAAUAUGAUGCUUUUACAAACAAGGAUGACUGGGACUGUUUAUCCUCCCUCUGCAGCCGGAUAAUGUAAAAAAAAGAAAAAAAAAAGAAGUAUAAAUGUAUGAAACAUCGUGUUGCUGGAUUGAAAAGCUGCCAUGUGAAUCAUUACCUUCAUGUUGAAUCAAAUUAACUGUGAAACUGGAAUAAUCAGCACACAAGUCUGUGGAUCAGAGAAAUCAGUGUUGUGAUGUUUUACAUCAAUGCAUUUCAGGGUAAAUCCUGUGCUUUUUUGGGUUUAUUUCUUACUCAUUUUAGAGUCGCACUGAUUGGUACGAAAAGGUCUUAAAUUCUCCCCUACAGAGCUUCAGACAGCAGCCACAGAACUGGCUUUAAUGUCUACAUUCCUUUUGGUAUUGCCAUCGAAAGGCUUGUAGGAGUGCAAAAAACACUGAAAAAGGAUCCCUGCAGAGACGGAUCUUUAUGGUAAAUAGUAACAUGUUUUGUUUUAAUGUUCUUUCACCGAGAGAACACAUGAAAAAGAGGUAGAUGGGUCAUUUUUACCCUGCAUUAACAGCUGUUUGGGCAUUUUUGGAUGUAGGUGUACUGGGAGUCGAUACAGACCACCACAUCUGCAGUAGUCCUUGCAAAAGCAAAAAGCAUACCAAACUUACAUCCAACCAGCCUCUCUUGUAUUCAUAACAAUUCCAGCUCUUUUAAGUCCUGGAUCUUUUGGUUCAGCUCAGUAAUAAGCGUCCAGCUUCCAUAAGGUAACCAUUUGGCUUUAUUAUGUAUAUUCAACAAUAAUAACAAUGGAUAAAAGAACCAGCUCUCAAACAAGACCCGGCACCAGUCAUUCACAUAAAAAUGCCGCCUCUUUAAACCGACUUGAUCGGCUGUAUUUCAUCAGUAACUUCAUUUUUGUUCCGCUGACCAGCUUUGUUUGGGGUUAUGGGACUUCUGGCUCCUUUUAGGGAUCCAGCUUGGCUCAGCUCAGCCAUAAGAGCUUUCAGUUUCCAAAUGGCUCUCGAUUUGGAACCAAUUUUCCUUUUAAUGUCUUUAAAACAACAAAAAUGGAAAGCAGAGAAAACUGCCACUUAAACGAGAGCUGGCUCCCGUCUUUAACAAACAGAGUCAUUAAUUCUUAAAACCACAUCACAGUUACUACGUAACCUGUCGUCUUGAAUUGUCAUUUUUAAACCCGUAAAGCCUCAAACCUCAGAUAAUACCAAGAAAUGUCUCCUUUUUUGGAACUGAGAUGUUUAUUAAACCUUCUGACAAAAUCCCCAAAAAGAAAAAUUGUAGUGAAAUUUCACAUAUAUUUUUUUAGCACAUUGGCCUUUUUUGAAAACUGAUAAUCUGCUGGUGAGCAUAUUUAUUUGUUUUAUCAGAUUGAAUAGAAAGGUGUUUAAGGAAAUUACUGACCAUAUUGAUUGGAUGGAGGUCUCAAAAUCACAUGUCAAACAUGAUGCCAUUGGCUUUAAAGCGUUAAUUUACCAAUUAUCCCUCAAGGUUACAGGACUGCUUUUUGAAAUAACUUAAUAUUUUACAAAAAUAAGAGUUUUCCUUUUUGAAAAUGCUGUGGCAGUGUUGUAAACUUAAAGGCCUUUCUGCAGGCAUUUUUAUAAACCUUUAAUACAAACAUGAUUGCAGCCUUUUAUGCCACUCUGCAAUUGCACCAUUUAACAUUAUGACUGCAAUUAGAUUAAUUGAGCAGCACUCCUUCUCAUUCAGCUUCUAUCGAGUUAAAUUUAACACUGUAAAAGGGCCUAUAUUGGUCCACACCACAUGGAGCAAUGCCUGCAAGCUAGUUCAGACAGGCAACUCAAGUAUGAUGGUAAACUCAAAAUCCAACCAUGACAAACAUUCUAACCUGUCGUCUUGAACUGAGUUAUGAUUUUAAUCUAUACGUUACCCCUCAAAGUUUAUUUGCAAAAAACUUGACCACUGUUUCUACUUUAAGCUAAAAUGAGGGAGAAAAGCAGUUAAAGAGGUGCAACUUAAAGAGGCUAGUCUAUUAGCCUGUGGUUAACUCACUGUGAUUCAGCAGUGGCUUCAUUGCACACAGCAUGCAGGGAUACCUAGCCCCAUAAACAUCAAUGUCACUAAACCUUAAUAAACUAUGGGAAAGCCUAAAAGUCAAAGAAAUUAUAUAUGGACUGACGUUUGCAUACAAGGCAAGUCAGUGAGUUCACUUAGAGUGGAUACACAUGCUAUGUGGUGUCAACUUGGUAUUCAUGCACAAAAUGGAAGUUUUUGCAAAGUAUAAAUGACCCCAAAACACACCAAACUCUACAGACGGAUAGUAUUACACUCUGCUAAUCCCAGGAGUUUCUUUCUUCGAACCCAUCUUUCAAAACUCCAAAAAACACACCAAAACUAAAUGUGGUACCCAUAAAAUCAUAAAUAUGUUAUGAUGCAUGUAAUAGAGAACCAGAAUAAGCUGCAAGUGCAGCACACUUGCUACUAAGACUCAGUCCCAAUCUCUGUUUGACAGAAGUGCCCCAGUACUUUACCCUAUCACUUAGCUUUGUCUCAAUUCACCCCUUGACCCUGUACCUACAUUUUGUCAUCAACAUAGAUGGUGAUUAAAUAACAAAGUGACAAAGUAAAACAUAGAAAAAAAAAACAUAAACAGGGUGCCAGGGAGCUGUUAUCAUUGUUCACUAUCAGUGGAGUCAGUCAGUAAAUGAAACUCUUGCCAAAGCAGGAUGGUAGAAGAGCAAAGAAAGCUUUCUGUGGGGUUCUUUGAACAAAGAAAUACUAUAGCUACAUCCAUUCUGAUCUUUUCACCUUUAUUUAAACUAAACCACACUUACAGUUACCAUUUCUUUCUUCUCAAAUGCUUUUGAUUUGUCUGGUCUUGCCUGACCACAAAAAAGUGUAUCAGCUUGAACCUUUCCAGAAAGGAUCCACCUGAUGAAAGACGUGGACUAUGGCCUUUCCAUUCAUUGGCUUUGCAAGGUUAGGAAAACGGGGGCCAUGAAUGCAAGUUCAAGUUACAGCAUGGUAAUUUUUAUGAAGUUUAAUGGUCAAAUGAGCCGACAAGCCAGCUGUCAAAUAUGUUUGAUUGACAUAAAUAUGAGUUGUUGAAUGUAUUGGUCAUAAAAUAAACCACCAUAAUUCAAUCAGCACAUUCAUAAAACGCCCAGAUGACACACAUGAAAGGGAAUUUGUUGAAAUAACUGGACUGAGAUGCUGCACAAGUCUUUGCACUUUGCAAACUUUACAUGCCUUCUCCGUCUCUGCAGUUAGUGCACACAAAAUUUGCCAUUUUUUCCACUCUUGACUUCAAAAUAAGACACGUUACAGUGCUCUUUAAAAUGUCAAACUAUUUGUUUCAAAUUAUGGCUUCUCAAAACCUUCAUAAAAUUACUUCACUGAAGAAAAACAUUGAAUAACAACAGUUUCCACCUGCCAAAGAAACGUCCAAAAGAGAAGAUUGCCCACUUCUUAUUCAUGUUAACUGCAAACUCCAAUUCCGGUCCUCUUUGUUUAAAUGAAUCCCCUUAACGUCCGUGAGUUAAUGUGUUAAUGAUUUAUUGAUGCAUCCACAGCGUCAGCGUGCCCUGAUCAUGUGUAAUGAACUAGAGCUGCCUUGGUUGUCCUCUCCUUCUGUCUGUAUGUGAUGGUUUUGGAAGUGGUCCGCAUGAUGUGAAAUAACAAGUGACAUCUCUGCUGACAAGCUGCCAUCAAUAAUGUAGAGUCUGUAGGCGGACAACAAAGACAAUUCACCACACAAGCAAACGCACCUGCCAGCGGAGGAAUAAAAGGAACGAACUGAGCCGACGGGAUAUAAACAGCACAUCAGACGGGACGCUCGGCUGUGAAAGAGACGUUUUUCUCCUUCUGUCCUGAUCAUUGAAGUUUGGACGGGGCUGUGUGGUGUAAACAGGAAAUAAAAACAAGAGUAAAAUCCAGGAUUCAACAGCCUUUAUUUUGAAUGACCCUCUGGUAAAACUUGGAAAAGAAAAAAGGAGGAACAAAAAGUUCAAACAGUACUUUAACAAGUAGAGAGUCAUUAGACGGACAUGAACAGAGACCUGGAUAUUUAUUUUAAUGCACGGAAAACCACUUUUUUUUUUUCUCUGUACUAGGCACCAGAAAAUGUAAACACAUUGGAAAUAAACCUGGAGGACUUUAGAGUUAAUGAAUGUGUUUCUGUGUCAUUUAUCAUGUUUGUAAGUGCUACAGUUAUUGCAUGGCAGAGAGACCCUGUGACUACGGAUGUGAGGCUCUGCUCCAGCACUCGGCAGUGUGAUCUGAGUCUGGGGGCUUGUAUGUGCAGUUGUUCAAUGCUCCUUUGUUUCCUCUGCAAACUCAUCAAAUACAGCAGGGAGGUCAGUGGCUAGAUAAUUUGCAAUAUGAUGCUGUAGUUACUGCUCUAGCGUCAUUUCUUAACCCUGUCUUCUUUUUGUCAUGAUGUGUUUUGUAAGUGUGUUGAUGCAGUAGGAGAACGUUACCAUCAUCUAUCAGUUCAGGGGUUUAUCACUGUAUGAAAACAAGUCAUUAUUCACCAUUUUCUAGCAGCUGACCACAUUUUAGGAUGUCUGUACCAGGACAGAGCAACAUUUUUAUCAUUGUAUGAAAUUUAUGCUGUACCAGUAUAUAAGAUGCAGUCUGAUUUGGUGGUCUCCCAGAGAAAUAGAAAAGGUUGAAACUGUCUUCCUGUCAGUUUGCAAAGUCCACCAUGUGCAGCUUCUGAGCAUCUCUGUGGAGUUUGCACUCUUGCUAGCAAAAGGUAUGAUAGUUGAACUAUCAGCCUUUAGUGAUAGUUGUGAAGUACAGACGCAGAAGUUAGUCUACCCACCUGUAUCUGUCUUUAAUAGAUUAGUCUUUUCAAGCAAACAGACACUUAAUUAGAUCUAUCUACUCAUUAGUAAUCACCAUUUCUUGGUAUCAAAAGGUGACACAGCCAGCCUGGACAGUACCCAUGUAACCUGACAUACUACAUCAAUGACUGAAUGAAUGAGGCCAAAUUCAUCAUCAUGUCAGGGCUUGUGUAAAGUUAGAUUUGACAACAACAGUUGUGUGUCAUGUAGGUGCUGUUGCACUGGUAUAGAGGUCUUUUUAGAUUUUAAAAAUGUGCCUAAAAACCUGAGUAUCAAGAAAAGAUUUUAAAAUAUUCUAAGUACACAUUUUUGUCUGACAUGUAAAGGCAGCUAGAUGGCUAUGCAUUCACUUGUUUUCAUUUAUUUUAGACUCUCUGUCCAAGAUGAAAGCUGUGUCCCAAUCCAGGGGCUGCAUCCUUUGGAUGGCACAUCUGAAGACUAAAUAGAAGGUAUGCAAGUGAUGUCGCAGUCAGUGCGAGUCUCUGCAGUUCCAGCUGCUGAGUAGCAGAAAGUUUAUAGUGGUAACAGAAUCAGUCAGAAGUAUAAAGCAAACAGUGUUUUUUUCAGCUGAAAGUUCAGUCUUUCUAAUAACUACAUGUUGAUGAUGUUCACUACAGUCAGUACAGAACCUCAGCUGAUGGAAUGUGUUUAUAAAAAUGUGUGGAGGUGUAAUGGUAGCCUUUACAUAAAGAUAGAAGAUAAAAUUGCACUGUUACAGUAGCUACAACAGAUACUGAUGAAAAUAACCUAAACCUCACUGUGUUCUCCCUCCUCUUACCUUAAAGGUAAAUUACAUUUUCUUUUAUGCACCUGAUAUCUAAAGGGACAAGGCAUCUAAUGACAACAGAUUAUUUUAUAGCAGCAAAUUAAAAACGAUUAAAAUGACUGGUUUUACAGGGAAUGACUAAAUAAACUGUCAAGUCUAUGGAUAUUUAUCACCUUGGUAAAUUGACCUGAUAUCUAUUUGGUAACUACUGAAGUUAUGUCCGUGAAUGCUUCCUGCAGUGAACGUACUCAACAUCAUAUCAGUUUACACAAUAUAUACAAUAUACAAUAAUACGGAAAGUGAUAGCUGUACCAUGUAUAAAAUCAGGUCCAUAAAAGUGUCAGGAAACUUGAUUUAUGAACACAUAUCGAUGUCAACAGUCCACUACAUCUUGAGGAAAAAGUCUAGAUUUCUGUUUAAUCUAAAUAUCCCUGUUUUUCUCUUGUUUUCACCCAUUACCCAUGAAGCAGAUGGCUGUGUUUUUCCUCUCAGCAUGGCUGAGUGGUUGUGUCUGAAAGUGAUGUCAGUGCAUACCCUCUAUAUACAUGACAGCACAUGUUAAAGCUGGGUCAUUUCAAAUGCUUCUUCAAAAGCAUCUUUCUUCCACUGACCAGUGAUUGACCCAUCAAUUCAAUUGAACUGGCAUACUCUGAAGUGGCCAUGUAUUACGGUUAAUAGAAUGAGUAAUGAGUUUUUAACUAAGCAGACAAAACUACCAAUAUUAAUAUUCAAGAGACCAGAAAAGUUGUAAAUAUCUCUGAAACAAGAGGUUAAGUAACAAGACAUAAACAAGCAGCAAACUCUGUGAAGUACCAAAAAGUGCAAUUCCUUGCAUGUCCACUAGAGACUGGCUGCAAAAGCACCAGAAGUCCCAUACACAUCUAUGUUAAAAUGACAACAUUUAAAUAAGUAAACAUGUUUACAGCAUGGUCUAAAAAUGAUUUUGGUUGAAAUAUUUCAAGUCUUUUUGGGUGCAUACUGUAUGAGAGUUUAAUAUUUUUACAACUUGUCCAUGUUGGUUUAAUUGAUGAUGUUGAUUUCAUAUUUUUAGGGGCUGAUAUGACUGCAAGCAGAGAUGGUGUAGCUGUUUACUAAGGUAACACCUGCUUCAUUGUCUUUUAUUCUGUUACUAGGUGGAUCUGAAGUUGAGACAGGGGUUUCAAUAUAGUGGCAGCUUGUACUCCAAAACCUCCUUCAGGAACCACACAACAGCCCUGACUAGGGCUUAGGCUAGCAUUUUCUAAGGUCUUGGUUACGUUGGCUAGUUCCACUGCAUGUUAAGAGUGCUAGAUGAUAGGAGUCACUUAAACCUGAAGCUCCAUUAGAAUUUCAGCAAAUUGUCUUGACCAUGUCUGCAUAUCUAAACCCAUUAUUUCUUUAUAUCAAAACCCUUUUAGUUCAGUGCUUUUUAAAUACCACUAACCUGGCUCCUGAUAUUUGACAGUAUACCUGAUGCUGUAUGUUAAUUAUUGCUACAUGGACAUCUGACACUUGAGCCGUACCUAUACAGUCAUAUUUUGAAGCUGAGGGCCUCUGCUGCUGUAUUUGACGUGAAUAUGUAGGUUUGUACAGUAUGGUCAUUAAUGCAUGGCUCCAAUGCUCUGACCAGGACUGGACAGUGGUGAUGGGACCCAUCCACAGUUUUCAUACAGGUCCUUUCUGUAUUAACACUGUCCAAUCCCGUGCCCCGUCCAGCCCUCUGAUUGGUCAUCCAGGUUUAUUUGCUUCAUACUAACUGUGCUUCUCUUGUACUGCACACAACAAAACACCACAAUAAAGAUGGCGGAUGGCAGAACACACGGUGUCAGGGGUCAUACAUGAAGGGAACAACAUCGUGGGUGUCACAUUGGUCCAGUUUGACAAAAAUAAAAACACUGUGGAUUUUUAAGCCCUGCAGUGGGAUGUGAAGUAACAGUUCACAUAUCUCUGCUGUUCCUCUGAAACCACAACGCAGCCAGAGAUGCACAACCUGCUCUGCUAUUUAAAGUGCAGAAAAGACAAACCGCUGUGAUUCCAGUCGAGCUUUAAUUUGCCUCAGGGAGCGCUGGGGAAACGGCUCAUUUGAAAAACAAGGAACAUCUUAACUGGGUCGGAGCACAGUUUCCAGCGAAGCCAGCGUGUUUGGGUUUAAAGACAUCAAAACAGCACAGCACGGUUUCCAAAGACACCCAGGGGACCCGGGGCCGCCCAGCAAUUACUGAGGCUUAAAGGGAAUUCAUGACAUUUGAGAUUGGGGAUAUUUUUAACCAGCCAGCAGGAUUAGAAACACAGUCGGACCUAUAUCUUGAGCUGCUGAAACAAGAGCUGAUACUGAGCUACUAAACUGGCUGUAAAGUCAGAGCCAAUGUCACUAAUAUACAUUAGGGUUUUUUUCAAGGCUAUGGCACCUUAAUGCAAAUAUGUCUACUUCCAAUCAGAGCUAGACAAUAAUAUUACUAUUCAAAGAUUUUGUUUUAUAAUAUCUACAAAUGGUCACAAAGAUAAGUGGCUGUUUUUUGCACAAGUGUGUUGCAUUCACUUGAAAAAAAUAAAACCUCUGUUUUUCUGAAUUAAUGAGAUAGUUACCGCUGAGUUAGGAGAAAUUUAUGACAAAGAUUAAAACCUCUCUGUGUUCUCCAACAAAAUUACUGUGAUGGUU